AUAGCGUGAAGGGUUGCAGAGAAGUAAAUGGAGAAUAUAUCAAAGCCAGCAGUUUCCCCCAAUCCAAUGAUUUUGAAAAGUGAGGGCUUACUCAAGUAUAUACUAGAAACCAGCGUUUAUCCACGAGAAGCAGAGAUUCUCAAAGAGCUAAGGAAUGCAACCACAAAUCAUCCUCUUGGCUUCAUGGGCACUUCACCUGAUGUGGGUCAGCUAAUGGCCUUGCUCUUGAAACUCUUAAAUGCAAAAAAGACAAUUGAAGUUGGAGUUUUUACCGGAUACUCUCUUCUCCUCACCGCACUUAACACUCCUCAUGAUGGAAAGAUUAUAGCUUUGGAUCCAGACAGAAAAGCAUAUGAGAUAGGACUGCCAUUCAUCAAAAAGGCUUCUGUUUUGCACAAAAUUGACUACAUAGAGUCUCCAGCUUUGCCGGUUCUUGAUAAACUCCUACAAGAUCCUGCAAAUGAAGGGACUUUUGACUUUGCCUUCGUUGAUGCUGACAAAAAUAACUACUGGAAUUACCACGAGAGGCUUAUCAAAUUGAUUAAGAUUGGUGGGAUUGUUGCCUAUGAUAACACACUUUGGGGAGGAACUGUUGCCUUACCAGAGAUGGAAGUUUCAGAACCAAAGAGAGAAUGGAGAAGAUUCACACUUGCUUUCAACGAAGCAAUUUCAAAGGAUUCUCGUCUGGAACUUGCUUUUGUUUCAAUAGGCGAUGGGCUCACAAUCUGCAGGCGCAUUCGCUGAUUUAAUUUGAUUCCCAAUAUUGACUAUUUGCAUCCCUUGUAUUUGGUUUCCUCUCUGCAAUUUUUCCUACCUUUUAACUGUAAAUCACUGCAUUUAGAAGUUCAAUGAGCAGUUUGGUUUCAAAGUAAUGCUGCUUUUGAUGACCUUUUGGACUACCCAUGAUUAAUUGAAACCCUGAUUACAAAGUUGGACUCUCCUAACUUUAUAAACUU